AUGGCUCUUAUUUUGAGGUAUGUUGAUAAGAAUAUGGCUCUUGUUUUGAGGUAUGUUGAUAAAAAUGGUGAAGUUGUAGAACGAUUUAUCGGCCUUGUCCAUGUUAGUGAUACAUCGGCAUGCUCAUUGAAGAAAGAAAUUUAUUCUUUGCUUUCCGAUCACUCACUAAGUCUAUCCAAAAUACGUGGACAAGGUUAUAAUGGAGCUAGAUCUUUUAAGCGUAGAGAUUUACUUCGUCAUCACCAAGCCAAAAAUUUGAAGCAAUUACUUGAGUCCGAUGAAGCUCAUACCGGACAAGGAUUACAUCAAGAACGUAGGCUUCAAAGACCGGGUGAUACUCGUUGGGGAUCAGAUUUCAAAAUAUUGGAUAACUUUCUUGUUAUUUUCUCAUCUAUUGUUCAUGUGCUUGAAGUGAUUGAAAUUGAAGGUUCUACCUCAAGUGAUAGAAACCAAGCGGAAUAUCUUUUGACAAAGGUCAAAACAUUCAAAUUUGUUUUUAUGCUUCACUUGAUGUUGAAAGUAUUGACCAUGUCAAAUGAGUUGAGCAAGAUUUUACAAAAAAAAGAUCAAGAUAUUGUUAAUGCCGUGGAGCUUCUUAGCAUCUCAAAGAAAAGAUUGCAAGAUAUGAGAGAAAGUGGGUGGGAAUCUUUGUUGGAUGAUGUUUCUUCAUUUUGUGAUUCACAUGGUAUCUUAAUUCCCAAAUUAAAUGAGCCUUAUUUUCCUGGAAAGUCAAAGCGUAAGUGUUUGGAUGUUUGUUAUUCGCACCAUUUGCGUGUUGAAAUCUUUUGUGCUGUCAUUGAUGUGCAACUUCAAGAGCUUAAUGAUCGUUUUGAUGUAGUGAGUAGUGAUUUUCUUCUUGGGAUGGGUAGCUUGAAUCCUGUCAAUUCUUUCUCUAACUUUGACAAAGAUAGAAUCAUGACUUUAGCGAAGUGUUAUCCAAAUGAGUUAGAUGAUGGAAAGUUUCGAGAUUUGAGUUACCAACUUGAUAUUUUCAUAAUUCAUAUGCGAGGUGGUAAUUUCAAAUUCUCCAACUUGCAAGGAAUUCGUGACUUGAUAAAGACAUUAGUUGAGGCAAAUUUUGUGGAGAUUUAUUCACUUGUUUAUUUAAUUGUGAAGUUGGCUCUAAUUUUACCCGUUGCUACGGCAAUUGUGGAAAGAACAUUCUCUUCCAUGAAGCACAUAAAAAAUGAAGUGCAAAAUAGUAUUGGUGAUCAAUAUUUAAAUGAUUGUUUAAUAUGUUACAUAGAGCGUGAUGUAUUUGCAAAUCGGAGGUCCUUUGUUAGAUUCGGAAGGACACUUGAUUGGGAUCAACACUGCAAUAUUUACACAGACAGUACAAUAGGGACAUCAGCAGGUGUUGGAUUUGCAAUCUCUUCUUCAACUGUGUUGAGAGUUGUGCCCCAGUUGAUCCAAUCUGGAAAAAACAUCUCAUCUUGUAUUGGCGAAUAUUGCUUCAUAUUCUCAGAACAGAAACAUCUCCCGCUUCCAUUCCCAGGCUCAUAA